AUGAAGCGGGAUGAACUGUUUGCUGCUUUGCAGGAAAUACCGUGGGUUCCAUGCCCGGAAAGUGAGGGUCGUCCAUGCUACCGAGCAGCAGAAGCAUUUCACUGCACAUUUUGUGCAUACACUGUUUGCGCUCGGUGUUAUGACGCCAUUCCGUCGUCCCUUCUCUCAUUGGCAACCACAACAACUAGUGGCGGCACCGGCGGUGAAGGUGGCGCUGCGACAAACUCAGAAAAGAGUCUUGCCGACAGGACACCCACCCAAGCGUUUACUCCAAACUCACGCGGGAGUGACACACCUAACAGUGCCGACGACUUCAUGAAACCCCGCUGUUUUUUGUGUCGCUCGGGGGUUCUCGAGAAGGAAUCUGUGCCCGUGUUCGAAUGGACAUGUGAGGGUCCACGUCCUCCACGUCGACUCACUCGAGGUCAAGGGGCAUCGUAUGAUGUGGAUGUGGUUCAGCGUUACUACACCAUGAAGGAGCAACGUGAGAAGAGAGCCCAAUCGCAAGCACCGCUAACGGCUCAGUUUCUCGGCACAGAACCGUCGCCCACCGAGUUUGGUGGCAACAUCGGUGUGCCUCCGGAGGCAUCUCGCACUGGAGUGUUGGGUCGGCGGCCGUUCUGUGAGGAGGGUUGUAGUUUUUCGUGUGUUGUGCAGAACCCAAGGUUGGAGCAAUCGCUAGUAUGGUGUGGCGUGAAUCGGCAGCUGCGGGAGUCCCACCCCUCCAUCACAGGGGAAGAGACCAUUACACCGUUGCACACGAUUCGCUGUCCACCUACUCUCCCAGGGUUACCUCCGCAUAGGCUCCGGGUGCACAUUCCAUAUGGCUCGUAUGGCAUUCAUAAGAUCCAUGCAGUGGCGCUGUACGUCACCGAGGACAUCUACCGGAGAGCUACGGCGAGGUCGGGGUCGCCUCGACCUGUUGUCAAAUCACCAGGAGGUCGACGGAUGGAACAGGGACACCCACAGCGAGAUGGGCAGUUGAUGGCGGUUAAGGAGCUGCCACGCAACACCGUACGCCCGUUGCUCGUUGUCGACGUACUGCAUCGUACCGCCACCAGCGAUCCGGUGAGGAAUCUUUUGCCAACGCAAUGGCUUCCGGAGCAUAUGCGACGUCCACCUAGCAGAAUCUGCUCGCCUAGAAGAGAAAAUAGUAUCACGGAGACGGCGGGGUGUGUUGGCUCAGGUGUGACAAAGGGGAACGAAGGUGAGGGUCAGAAUAAUGGAACUGAAACUAAAGGCAACGCAGAGCCUCCUGUUAUGGGGGAAGGUGAACCCCACUUGACGUGGCCAGAGGGGAUCCGAUGCGAGGAACUGUUGCUAGCGGUUGACUAUCUGCUACAGGGCCGUUCCGUAGCUGUGUACGGAAUUGCAUCAAAAUACUUUUUUCUUCACCACGUUGCGCAAUCCGCCGAGUUAAGAAAUUUGGGAGUAGCCUUUGUGGAUGGCUACCGCUCUUCUGCAAACCGUGUGACUCGGCAGCUGCGGGAAAUUAGCAAGCAAUUGCAGGAACAGCGUCAUAUCGUAGAAAAGGAGGUGCUGCGCAACCUCGUUUUUCGUGGAGGGGACUGUGAUCCGUUUCUGCGUAUCAGUCGUUCGCAAGCACCGUCGCGGGAUGAAUGCGGAAACCCGUCUGAUCAAUGUUAUUUGGUGGUUUCCUCCUCAACAUCCUCGGAGUCGUCGCGAAGUCGCUCUUACCGCUCCCCUGUGAGAGACGUUUCGGUCGCGAUGAUGGGCGGUUCCACCGAAAAAAGGCGAGAAAAUAUGGGACUAAAAGUGGGAGAUCCUGGUUGUUGUGACUUAACUGCAGCCAAAACAUUAAAGGCGACUACCCCACAGCGCAAGGAGAGCAUGACUGUGUGUUCCCCCGCACCCAUUACUAUGAAGCGAGAACGGUCCGUGAUGCUUGUGCAGGAUGGUGGGCACUCUGAUAUUAAGAGAACUACUCAGCAAACUGCGCAGGGUUCGAAAAGACGGUGCGGAGAAAAAGUGUGUGACGCUGCCGGAACGGGUGGGUGGCGCCAAACUCAUCCUGAGGCUAUGGAAACCAGCAGAAAAGUGCGGUUGUGGCUGCGACGGUAUUACCUGAGCGAGGUAUCAGACUGGAAUUACAGCGUACCUUUAUAUGAAACUCCUUGUGAGCGGCGAUGCCGGGAAACGGAAACGGCCGUAACGUCGGUUCCGCUAUCGGAGAGUGAAAACACUUGCCUGCAACCACGGUAUACGGUUUCAUCUCCAGACAUCAUGCGCCGGCUUCGUGUCGAAUGCGGCGCUCCCCUCCGUUCGUGCGUGCAGUGGAAGUCGCUUCCAUCCUACACAGCUCAGAUGCUCACGGGGGGACUUGCUGCACAAUCUGCCAAUCCUCCAGUUCAUUAUAGCGACUAUGUUCCGAGGUUGAUCCUAGUAGUGCAUGGUAUAGACGAACUCGACCCACCACUUCUGGUAGAGCUUCAGAACAUUGCACGUGACCAUCCCAAUCGUGUAAUGUUGCUAUGCUCAUUCGACGACCCAAACUGGGCCAUGUCAAACAGUGCGGCGCAGUUGGAGCCGUUUCGAUUGGCGUAUGUACACCUCCGCUCGAUGUUGCUCCCACGGGUGCAUGAAAUGGCAUGUGUUAAAAGUCUCACGUUGCUCACAGACCUUGAGGCAGCAGCAGCAGGGGGGAAAAGGUUUGGUCAUCACGGGUUAAGAGGAAGUCUUGGCCCUGGGACCUCUUUACCACUUCAAGACACCAUUAGACGUAUACUUUUUAGUCUUCCCGCCACGUUUACUGAUGUCUUACGAUGCAUGAUUGAGCGACAGGAAGCGUCGGGCGAAAAUGUCUUCGUUCCCAUGAGUCUCCACCAGCAACACUUCGACGAUCGAGGAAUGAUGAUUUCAGUGGGCCGCCUCAGAGCGAUUGAACGGGAACUAACAUCCAAUCGGCUGGCUGUGUUUGAUGCAGCAGAAAAUAAAUUGAUGAUUCCUCAACACAAAAAACUGCUGCGGGUGUUGGAGGAAGUCGCGGGACAGAGACAAAACACUCGGUCAAACGGUGGAGCUCCAGUGGAGGCAUAG